AUGGUAGCUUUGGGUCUCGCCUUUGCCUCACCCAAGGGUAAGGGAGUCAUGAUUGGCAUCUUCUUGCUCAUUUUUCUCUUCCUUCUUGGUGUUGACGGCGCCCCGGCUGAGAAUGGCAGAGUCAUCCCGCUCGAGUAUGACUGGGACCCUGCUAAUCCUCCCCUCUGGACCAUGCGCCCAGAGGAUCGUGAGCGCUACCUUGAGAAUGAGAUCUUCAACAUUGGAAAGCGCGACAACAACAUCGGCAACUUCAGCUCCAUCACCCCUCUCAACUACACCUGGGACCCCGAGAACCCGCCGCUCUGGACCAUUCGCCCCGAGGAUCGUGACGACCCUUCUCAUGCCAACACCAAGGCCAGUAGCGAGCAUACCAAUGCCGCUUUCGUUGAGCCCUGUUCGGACAAGACUAAGCCUGCCACGCUCUAUUAUGAGUAUAAGGCUCAGGACUGUCCCCCCAAGAACCAUUUUCUUCCGUUCAAGCAAGGCAAGAUGCGCUUUGAUACCUGUUCAGGCUGGGACUCUGGUGGCCUUCUCAGAUACAAAGACGAUGGAUGCACUUCCUUCUGUCAGCAACGAACCACCUUUGAAUGGGCACAAGAAGUCCCUUUCCCAAGCUCCGACUGUCACGCUCCCAUCCAAUGCGGCAUGACUGAUUCUGAGUCGGUGGGUUCAGGCUGGAGUGUUGGAGCAAACACCAAGCUUCAAUUCUUGAAGGCAUUCAAGGUUGGAAUCUCCGGCGGUUGGUCUCACAACUAUGGCCAAGCGAAGGGCAAGAAAUGGGAUAUCAAACUGGAAGCGGGUGAGUGUGGCUACUUCACCUUUGUUCCUGUCAAGAAGGUUGUAUGCGGUGGCAUGACUACUGCCAGCCGAGUUCCUGGCACGUCCAUGUGGGACUGGUACGGCUGUACCAGCUUAAACUUGAUGCCCACCAACUUCAAGUCCUGCGAUAACCAGAUGUGGAUGAUCGAAGGAGAGAAAAUGGAGGGCGCAUACACUGGAAAGAUGGUCCCUGACGGCGUCAUUAUCUUCGUCUACACCGACUGCCGCACUCGUAUCCCCAUGCCCAUGGAGAAGCAAGACCCUGUCUACCGAGCUCCCGGCGUGGCGCUUGCUCACAGCGUCAUCGACAGCAUUCAGCAAGGUUGGGUCUGGAACAGUUGUUACUUCUGGAACAUGAAGGUCCCGGGCAAGAGAGCGCUAUACAUCCGUGGCUCGAACUUCAAGGCCGGGGUCAUUGGUUUGGGCGGAGAGAAUCUCUUUAAGUUGGUCCACGCUUGUGCUGAAGGUGAUGUUUCCAGUUACGAGUUCGACUGGUACUACAAUGGGAAGCCCGACGACUCGCCCAAGGAGAAGGGUCCUGUCUGGAUGUUGCAAGCGGAUGUGCCUGACACCAUUCGACCCGGCUGCAUUGGCGAGGGACUCAUGGACAUGGGUGCUGUCACUCAGGACCAGUGCGUCGGAGACAAGUUCAAGAACUGA